CGGCAUUAAUGAUGAAGAGACUUGUUUUCUUGAUGAGGGUGAGGGGAGGUGGGGGGAGGAUGAAGUAACUGCUAUUUAUGAUAUAAUAACCAGUUGUAUUCAUUUUAAUUUGCUAAACCUACUGUAUUGUCGGGGAAGCAUCUGCAAGUUUUGAAAAAAACAUAACAAUGAAUCAAGCAACCACUCUCCUUGACAUAAUGAUCAGAUUUCAAUUGUGGUUACUUAAAAGGUUUGCUGGGAAAGAUUGUACAAUAGUUUCUCCACGCUAAUGCUGUGCUAUCUGGAUAUAGGUCCACCAACCUGUUCUUACAUAUUCUGGAGCCAGAGAAGUUACUGUGGAGUUAAAGAUACACCACCUAGCUGUGGAUGCCUGCCCUUUUAAAAAGCAACCAAGUUAAUGAAAUGGAAGGAGGCGCUUUAUUAGGAAUUGAUAAUGAAUUCAAUUCCGGAGCUAAUCCCACUAUUGAUCAGAGUGGCUUUGAUGAGGCUGCCUCGUGCACAUGCCUUUGGAGUCCUGAAACAAUUGAUUCAGCGGUGCCAUGCAGAUGCAGUUACAUCUCAAAACACAUAUGCGGACGCAAUAUUGCAACAUCUGUAUUGAUGGCUUUGCAGCCCUCAGUCAAAACUUCACGAUCCAGCUCUUCACCAGCUACUUCACAAGAGACUUAUUUGAAUGGAUUGAGUUGGAACCAUUUCAGUUUUGGCGGUCAUUGCUAUUCAUGGAUCAGUAUAACUAUGGUGGAAUACCAGCAAAAUCAGAUGAAUCUCUCAAGUUGACAUUAUAUCAAGCUGGAAUAUUGCUGAGUACUUGCCAAAGAAAAUCCAAGCAAGAUCAUUUCAUUGUCAUUGUUUCUCAAUUCUUGUAUAUUCCUUGGAGCUAUGCACAAAAGCAAACAGGAAUCAGGGAAUCAAUGCUGAAUGGUGACUCCUGCACCCCAUCGAUUAACAUUGGAGCUGCGGAGGCUUUGGAAUCAGAAAUGAUAGUAUAUAUCAAAGAACAGAUCAGCUCUUACUUCACGGACAAUCUUUUACGAAUUCUUCGUUAUAUUGUUCUUCACAUAAAAGGGGCAAGCAAAUCAGAAGAUGACCCAAGUACAUCAUCUGGCCUUCCUCAAAUUGUGGGUGAUCAACAUAGAGGGGAUGCAUCCUUGGAAUUUAUCAAGCAUGUCUGUGCUGUGUUGGCCCUCGACCAAAGUGUGCAGCAUGAUGUGUUGGUAAUAAUUGUUUUCCCGAGCUAUAUUUGUUAGAGAGAGAGAGAGAGUUUCCAUGAGCUGUUGAUCUUUUUCUCUAUGUAUGUUCUUGGUCCGCAAAUUGAUAGUUUCGUGAUCUAUGUCAUUCCUUCAUCCUAUCCAAUGUCAUUUGCAGGUAAAAGAAGACAAAUUAAAUAAGAAAUAUUUGCAUAAAUCA